UCAUCAUGUCAGAGAACAUCAUGAAGAUAUUAGCAGUGUAAGUAAUUUGGAUUCUAAGGUGCUGAGAAAUUCCACAAAAUUGUCAGGAACGUUGAUGAAUCCAAUAUCAGAAGAGAAAUCUCUCAAGUGCAAUGAUUGCUCCUUAUCUUUCUCUUACAAAUCUAGUCUGAUCAAUCAUCAGCGUAUUCACACCGGAGAGAAACCGUUCAAGUGUAAUGUAUGCUCCUUAUCUUUCUCUCAGAAAUCUAAUCUCACAAGACAUCAGCGUAUUCACACUGGAGAGAAACCGUUCAAGUACAAUGAAUGCUCCUUAUCUUUCUCCCAGAAAUCUACUCUCAGUCGACACAAGCGUAUCCACACUGGAGAGAAACCGUUCAAGUGUAAUGAUUGCUCCUUAUCUUUCUCUGAUAAAUCUAAUCUCAGACAACACCAGCGUAUCCACACUGGAGAGAAACCUUAUAAGUGUAGCGAAUGCUCCUCAUCUUUCUCUCAAAAAGCUCAUCUCAGAACACAUCAGCUUAUUCAUACAGGAGAGAAACCUUUCAAGUGUAGUGAAUGCUCCUUAUCUUUCUCUCAGAAAUCUAAUCUUAGACGACACCAGCUAAUUCACACUGGAGAGAAACCUAAAUCUCUCAAGUGUAAUGAAUGCUCCUCAUCUUUCUCAGAUAAAUCUAAUCUCACAAAACAUCAGCGUAUCCACACUGGAGAGAAACCUUUCAAGUGUAGUGAAUGCUCCUCAACUUUCUCUCAGAAAUCUUAUCUCAGAACACAUCAACUUAUUCACACAGGAGAGAAACCUUUCAAGUGUAAUGAAUGCUCCUCAUCUUUCUCUCAGAAAACUUAUCUCAGACAACACCAGCGUAUUCACUCUGGAGAGAAACCUUUCAAGUGUAAUGAAUGCUCCUCAUCUUUCUCUCGGAAAUCUCACCUCACAACACACCAGCGUAUCCACACUGGAGAGAAACCUUUCAAGUGUAGUGAAUGCUCCUCAACUUUCUCUCAGAAAUCUCAUCUCAGAACACAUCAACUUAUUCACACAGGAGAGAAACCUUUCAAGUGUAAUGAAUGCUCCUCAUCUUUCUCUCGGAAAUCUCACCUCACAACACAUCAGCGUAUUCACACUGGAGAGAAACCGUUCAAGUGUAAUGAAUGCUCCUUAUCUUUCUCUGAUAAAUCUGCUCUCAGACGACACCAGCUUAUUCACACUGGAGAGGAACCGUUCAAGUGUAAUGAAUGCUCCUUAUCUUUCUCUCGGGAAUCUAAUCUCAGACAACACCAGCGUAUCCACACUGGAGAGAAACCUUUUAAGUGUAAUGAAUGCUCCUCAUCUUUCUCUCAGAAAUCUAAUCUCAGACAACACCAGCGUAUCCACACUGGAGAGAAACCUUAUAAGUGUAGCGAAUGCUCCUUAUCUUUCUCUCAAAAAGCUCAUCUCAGAACACAUCAGCUUAUUCACACAGGAGAGAAACCUUUCAAGUGUAGUAAAUGCUCCUUAUCUUUCUCUCAGAAAUCUAAUCUUAGACGACACCAGCUAAUUCACACUGGAGAGAAUCCUUACAAAUGUAGUGAAUGCUCAUUAUCUUUCUCUCGGAAAUCUAAUCUUAGACGACACCAGCUAAUUCACACUGGAGAGAAACCUAAACCGUUCAAGUGUACUGAUUGCUCCUUAUCUUUCUCUCGGAAAUCUAAUCUCAGACAACACCAGCGUAUCCACACUGGAGAGAAACCUUUCAAGUGUAGUGAAUGCUCCUUAUCUUUCUCUCGGAAAUCUACUCUCAGACAACACCAGCGUAUUCACACUGGAGAGGAACCUUUUAAUUGUAAUUUAUGCUCCUUAUCUUUCUCUCAGAAAUAUAAUCUCACAAGACAUCAGCGUAUUCACACUGGAGAGAAACCGUUCAAGUGUAAUGAAUGCUCCUUAUCUUUCUCUGAUAAAUCUAAUCUCAGACAACACCAGCGUAUUCACACUGGAGAGAAACCUUUUAAGUGUAAUGAAUGCUCCUUAUCUUUCUCUCAGAAAUCUAAUCUCACAACACAUCAGCGUAUCCACACUGGAGAGAAACCUUUCAAGUGUAAUGAAUGCUCCUCAUCUUUCUCUCAUAAAUCUAAUCUCACAACACAUCAUCGUAUUCACACUGGAGAGAAACCUUUCACGUGUAAUGAAUGCUCCUUAUCUUUCUCUCACAAACCUGAUCUCAAAGCACACCAGCGUGUACACACUGGAGAGAAACCUAAAUCUCUCAAGUGCAAUGAUUGCUCCUUAUCUUUCUCUUACAAAUCUAGUCUGAUCAAUCAUCAGCGUAUUCACACCGGAGAGAAACCGUUCAAGUGUAAUGUAUGCUCCUUAUCUUUCUCUCAGAAAUCUAAUCUCACAAGACAUCAGCGUAUUCACACUGGAGAGAAACCGUUCAAGUGUAAUGAAUGCUCCUUAUCUUUCUCUCUAAAAUCUACUCUCAGUCGACACAAGCGUAUCCACACUGGAGAGAAACCGUUCAAGUGUAAUGAUUGCUCCUUAUCUUUCUCUGAUAAAUCUAAUCUCAGACAACACCAGCGUAUCCACACUGGAGAGAAACCUUAUAAGUGUAGCGAAUGCUCCUCAUCUUUCUCUCAAAAAGCUCAUCUCAGAACACAUCAGCUUAUUCAUACAGGAGAGAAACCUUUCAAGUGUAGUGAAUGCUCCUUAUCUUUCUCUCAGAAAUCUAAUCUUAGACGACACCAGCUAAUUCACACUGGAGAGAAACCUGUCAUCAAGUGUAAUGAAUGCUCCUUAUCUUUCUCUGAUAAAUCUAAUCUCAGACAACACCAGCGUAUUCACACUGGAGAGAAACCUUUUAAGUGUAAUGAAUGCUCCUUAUCUUUCUCUGAUAAAUCUAAUCUCAGACAACACCAGCGUAUCCACACUGGAGAGAAACCUUUCAAGUGUAAUGAAUGCUCCUCAUCCUUCUCUCAGAAAUCUUCUCUCACAACACAUCAUCGUAUUCACACUGGAGAGAAACCUUUCACGUGUAAUGAAUGCUCCUUAUCUUUCUCUCACAAACCUGAUCUCAUAGCACACCAGCGUCGUAUCCACACUGGAGAGAAACCGUUCAAGUGUAAUGAAUGCUCCUUAUCUUUCUCUCAGAAAUCUACUCUCAGAACACAUCAGCGUAUCCACACUGGCGGAGAGAAACCUUUCAAGUGUAAUGAAUGCUCCUCAUCUUUCUCUCAUAAAUCUACUCUCAGAGCACACCAGCGUAUCCACACUGGAGAGGAACCUUUUAAGUGUAAUGAAUGCUCCUUAUCUUUCUCUCAUAAAUCUACUCUCACAACACAUCAGCGUAUCCACACUGGAGAGGAACCUUUUAAGUGUAAUGAAUGCUCCUUAUCUUUCUCUCAUAAAUCUACUCUCACAACACAUCAGCGUAUCCACACUGGAGAGAAACCUUUUAAGUGUAAUGAAUGCUCCUUAUCUUUCUCUCAUAAAUCUACUCUCACAACACACCAGCGUAUCCACACUGGAGAGAAACCUUUUAAGUGUAAUGAAUGCUCCUUAUCUUUCAUUCAGAAAUCUCACCUCACAUCACAUCAGCCAAUUCACACUGGAGAGAAACCUUUCAAGUGUAGUGAAUGCUCCUCAUCUUUCUCUCAUAAAUCUACUCUCAGAGCACAUCAGCGUAUCCACACUAGAGAGAAACCUUUUAAGUGUAAUGAAUGCUCCUUAUCUUUCAUUCAGAAAUCUCACCUCACAUCACAUCAGCCAAUUCACACUGGAGAGAAACCUUUCAAGUGUAGUGAAUGCUCCUCAUCUUUCUCUCGGAAAUCUACUCUCAGAGCACACCAGCGUGUACACACUAGAGAGAAACCUGUCAUGUCAAUGGAGUGA